CCUGCUGUCAUGAGCUGAUGUUAGUCAGCCUGCAGUCUCUCUGCUCUGUCAGUGUGCAGCAGGAUCUCAGCACCAGCAGCCCUCUCCCAGUCUCCCAGCAGGAUCACUGUCAUUCGACAGGCUUAUUCGCUGCACAGGAUGAUGGAGCAAGCCGGUCACAUUAACAUCGCGAUGAUAGAAGAUAUCAGCACCAACGGGACGGCCCCAGCCAAGGACCACAACAAGCAGCCGUGUGGCUCCACCGUCAGCUUCCACAACAUCCAGUACAAAGUGCAGCUAAAGAGCGGCUUCUUCUGUAAAAGGAAAACCAGUCCCAAGGAAAUACUGGCCGACCUCAAUGGGAUUAUGAAACCUGGCCUCAAUGCUAUUCUCGGACCGACUGGAAGUGGAAAAUCUUCAUUCUUGGAUAUUCUGGCAGCAAGAAAGGAUCCUUCAGGUCUCUCAGGAGAAGUACUCAUUGACAAAGCACCACAGCCUCCAAACUUCAAGUGCCUCUCUGGCUAUGUGGUUCAGGAAGAUGUAGUCAUGGGCACCCUGACUGUGAGGGAGAAUCUGCGUUUUUCUGCAGCACUGCGGCUGCCCAGCUCUGUGCCUCAAAAUGAGAAGGAGGCUCGGGUCAAUCACCUCAUUAAUGAACUAGGUCUCACCAAGGUGGCAGACUCCAAGGUGGGCACACAACUGACCCGGGGAAUCUCUGGAGGAGAGAGGAAGAGGACAAACAUCGGCAUGGAGCUGAUUAUUGAUCCUUCAGUUCUAUUUCUGGAUGAACCGACCACAGGACUGGACGCCAGCACUGCUAACUCUGUCCUGUUGUUGCUGAAAAGAAUGGCCAGUCAUGGAAGAACCAUUAUUAUGUCCAUCCACCAACCACGAUACUCCAUCUACAGACUGUUUGACACUCUGACUCUGCUGGUUGGUGGUAAAAUGGUGUACCACGGCCCAUCGCCAAACGCUUUGGACUACUUUGCCAACAUUGGCUAUCCUUGCGAGCCCCACAACAACCCGGCUGACUUCUUUCUGGAUGUUAUCAAUGGAGACUCCACCGCCACAACCACGACCAAAGUGCAAGGCUCUGAAGAUAUGGACUUUGCAGAGCUCAGCAGCUCGAGGCAGAGCAUCAAAGAGCGCCUGGUAGAGGAAUACAGGAACAGCAGCUACUCCAGCGACACAAGAGCUGAGCUGGACCGCAUCGUCCAGGAUAAGAAGUGUAUCUCAUGUUCAAAAUCCCGCACCAUCACCUACAACAGCUCCUUCUUGCACCAGCUACUCUGGGUUCUUAAGAGAACCUAUCAGAACCUCAUGCUGAACCCACAAACAUCUGUUGCCCAGCUGGGAGUCAACAUUUUCCUCGCUCUCAUCGUAGGUGCCAUUUUCUUCGGGGUAAAAGACGAUCAGAGUGGUGUUCAGAACAGGAUGGGUGCCCUCUUCUUCAUCACUACCAACCAGUGUUUCAGCACUGUGUCAGCAGCUGAGCUCUUCAUCGUCGAGAGGAAACUUUUUGUGCAUGAGUACAUCAGUGGCUACUACAGAGUGUCUGUCUACUUCCUCUCUAAGAUCCUGUCUGACAUCACUAUGCGCACCAUCACCUCGGUUAUCUUCAGCUGUAUUGUCUACUUUCUGAUUGGGCUCAAAUCCACAGCUGCAGCCUUUUUCAUCUUCACGCUGACAGUGACUUUGGUGGCCUACACAGCCACAGCCAUGACCAUGGCCAUCUCAGCUGACCAGAGUGUUGUGGCUCUCGCUAACAUCCUUAUGACCAUCACCUUUGUCUUCAUGAUGAUUUUCUCAGGUCUCCUGGUGAACCUACCCAGCAUCAUGGACUGGAUGUCUUGGCUGAAGUACUUCAGCAUUCCUCGCUACGGCCUUGCAGCCUUGAAGAUCAAUGAGUUUGUGGGUUUGAAGUUCUGUGACGAGGCUGUGAUCCGAAACACCAACAUGUCGGCUACAGCGACAAACUGCAGUGUGAGCUCCGCCGGCCUGACAUGUACAGGAGAGCAGUAUCUGGACUACCUGGGAAUAGAGUACACCACCUGGGGGCUGUGGGAGAAUCAUGUGGCUCUGACUGUUAUGACAUUCAUAUUCCUUGUCAUUGCUUAUCUGAAACUUCGCUACAUCAAGAAAUUCACUUAAAUAUGUGAUUAUGUAUCUUUUAUUUUUGUCUUCAAGAAACCAGGCCAGUUAAUAUUCACCAAAAUUGCUACCAUUAAAGGAAUAGUAACAUAUUUUAGGAAACUUUUUUUUGCUUAGAGUAAGAUGAGACUCAUACAACUCUCACUCUUCACUGUUUCCCUUGCCGGGACUAAUAAAGUAUGUCUUCUUCUUUAUGUUUGUGCACUAAAAUGGCUUCUAUGGGAGGCAGUUAGCUUAGCUUAGCAUGAGGACUGGAAGUAGGAGGAAACAGCUAGCCUGGUUCUGUCUAAAAUAGAAAUAAAAAUAGAUCUACCAGCUCACCAUUGUCU